GCAGGGGAGCUGGGCUACGGGGAGCGGCAGGCGGAGCCCAGCGGGAGGAAAUCCAGGGUAUCUGAGUGGAAAAGCCUUGGGUUAGGUGCUGCAGGCAUGCUGCGCCCCAAGGCUUUGACCCAGGUCCUAAGCCAAGCCAACACUGGAGGCGUCCAGAGCACCCUGCUGCUGAAUAAUGAGGGGUCGCUGCUAGCCUACUCGGGUUACGGAGACACGGACGCCCGGGUCACCGCGGCCAUCGCGAGUAACAUCUGGGCCGCCUAUGACCGGAAUGGGAACCAAGCGUUUAAUGAAGACAAUCUCAAAUUCAUUCUCAUGGACUGCAUGGAGGGCCGAGUGGCCAUCACCCGAGUGGCCAACCUUCUGCUUUGUAUGUAUGCCAAGGAGACCGUGGGCUUCGGAAUGCUCAAGGCCAAGGCUCAGGCCUUGGUGCAGUACCUGGAGGAGCCCCUCACCCAGGUAGCGGCAUCAUGACAGCUAUAGACGGAACCUGGGAUCAGAAAAGAGAGAUGACCAUUUGGAGGGGCAGGGCCCCUUGGGAAAACCUGCCUGGGCUGUGGUGGGAGGAUGAGACUUUGUUUUUCCAAGAAUAAACUUAAACUCCUA